AUGCGGAGGCUGCAGGUGGUGCUGGGUCACUUGGUGGGCAGGCCCGACUCGGACGUGGCGUCCUCACCGCAGCCCGUCGCGUGCCUGAGCUCCUUCUCGCAGGCUUCGCCGGCGGACGUGGUGGUGGUGCAUGGACGGCGUACGGCCAUCGCCCGUGGGGGCCGCGGCGGCUUCAAGGACACCACCCCGGACGAGCUGCUCUCGGCCGUCAUGACCGCGGUGCUCCAGGAUGUCAAGCUGAGCCCGGCCAACCUGGGGGACAUCUGCGUGGGAAACGUGCUUCAACCAGGGGCAGGGGCAGUCAUGGCCCGGAUCGCCCAGUUUCUGAGCCACAUCCCGGAGACUGUUCCUCUGUGCACCGUCAACAGGCAGUGUUCUUCGGGGCUGCAGGCAGUGGCCAACAUAGCCGGUGGAAUCAGAAAUGGGUCUUAUGACAUUGGCAUGGCCUGUGGGGUGGAGUCCAUGUCCCUGUCUGAGAGGGGGAACCCCGGGAAUAUUACUUCACGGCUGAUAGAGAACGAGAAGGCCAAAGACUGCCUGAUCCCUAUGGGGAUCACCUCGGAGAACGUGGCGGAGCGGUUCGGCAUUUCCCGGGAGAAGCAGGAUGCCUUUGCCCUGGCUUCCCAGCAGAAGGCAGCCAGAGCCCAGAGCAAGGGCUGCUUCCGGGCCGAGAUUGUGCCAGUGACCACGACGGUCCACGACGACAAGGGCAACGAGAGGAGGAUCACCGUGGGCCAGGACGAGGGCAUCCGUGCCAACACCACCAUGGAGGGCCUGGCCAAGCUGAAGCCUGCCUUCAAGGAGGGCGGCUCCACCACUGCUGGCAACUCCAGCCAGGUGAGUGACGGGGCAGCUGCCCUCCUCCUGGCCCGGAGGUCCAAGGCUGAAGAGUUGGCACUCCCCAUCCUGGGAGUCCUAAGGUCCUAUGCGGUGGUUGGGGUCCCGCCUGAUGUCAUGGGCAUUGGGCCUGCCUAUGCCAUCCCUGCAGCUUUGAAGAAAGCAGGGCUAACGGUGAACGAUGUGGACAUCUUUGAGAUCAAUGAAGCCUUUGCAAGUCAGGCCGUCUACUGUGUGGAGAAGCUGGGAAUCCCUGCUGAGAAGGUGAACCCGCUGGGCGGGGCAGUGGCCCUGGGCCACCCUCUGGGCUGCACCGGGGCACGCCAGGUCAUCACGCUGCUCAAUGAGCUGAAGCGACGUGGGAAGAGGGCGUACGGGGUGGUGUCCAUGUGCAUCGGCACCGGGAUGGGGGCUGCCGCUGUCUUCGAGUACCAGGGUAACUGAGCGCGGCCC